AGUAGGUGUGUGUGAGGGAUGGCUAGAGAGCAAUGAUUGGACGGUUAGUAUUUAGUGGUGUAGUUGUAUUCAAUGGCGCGCUUAUGCUGUUGUGCUAUAACUCUGUCUAUAAUCUAAUACAUAGUGAAUGUCUAUAUAGUUAUAGCUAUAGCUGUUGUGUUUGUUAUAGUGUUGUAUGCAUUGUAUGACUGUUUGACUCAAUAGAGUAAAGGCCGGCAUUGAGACCAUUGAAAGCAUUGCUCGACAUUCAUAACACAACUUAGACUUGUUUUGAUUAGUUUUCACAGACAACAUCACCAAACGGUUCCCAUUUAAAUAUUAUGGAGAAGAGGGUCGAACUCGAAAAGAGAGGCAGAAAUGCCAAUCAGAUAAAGGACCUGAAUCUGGACAACUGUCGGAGUACUAAUAUUGUAGGCCUUACCGAGGAUUUCAUCAAUUUGGAGACAUUGAGUUUAAUAAACGUAGGACUGACCAGUUUGAAAGGCUUUCCAAAGUUGUCUAAUCUCAAGAAAUUAGAGUUAAGUGAUAACAGGAUAUCAGGUGGUCUUAACCUAUUAAGUGGUAGCCCUAAGAUAACACAUCUUAAUUUGAGUGGAAAUAAAAUCAAAGAUAUCGAAACAUUGGAACCAUUGAAAGAGUUUACAAAUCUCAAGAAUUUGGAUCUAUUCAACUGUGACGUGACUUCUGUUGAUAAUUAUAGAGAGAAAGUGUUUUCAUUGUUAUCUUGUCUUAAAUAUUUGGAUGGAUUCGAUAGAGAUGACAAAGAAGCAGAAGAUUCAGAAGCAGAUGAAGAAGAUUUAAAUGAUGACGAAGACGGUAAUGAUAUCGAUGGAGACAGUGAAGACGAUGAAGACGAGGUAAAUAUUGACGAUGAAGAUGAUGACGACGAAGACGGAGAAAAUGAUGAGGAAGACGAUGAAGAAGGAGAGGAUGGAGUUGGUCUCAAAUAUUUAGCAAACGAUGAAAUUGAUGAGGAAAGUGAAGGCGAAGAUUUCAAUCCCGAUGGUGUAGAUGAAGAAGAUGAUGACGAACUCGAUGAGGAAGAGGAAGAUUUGCAACAAAGGGGACAAAAGCGAAAAUUGCCCGACGAUGCAGACGGUGACGGCGGACCCGAUACGGCUGCUGACUAAAUGUCAAUUAUUGUUACACUCAUUUAGCAUUAGUUUAAACUAAAAAACAGAUGUCAUUAUUAUUAUUACCAUCUUUUCUCUUUUAAAAGUCAUUUUAAUCACUUCAUAAAUAUAUGAAUACUUUUUAGUACACAAUUUCGAUUUAAUUC